AUGUUAAGAGACUCUUUUUUCUCUACAGAGGCACCCGCACCACAGCUCGACGGUAAGUCUCGCAACGAUACUUUCGAUCUUGACUUUGAAGAACGACUUCAAGCAGUUAGAAGGGCAUAUGAUCGAGCUGCGAUCAAGUUCCGUGGCAUUGAUGCAGAUAUCAAUUUCAACGUCAACGAUUAUGAUGAAGAUAUAAAGCAGGUCCUAGUACUUAAUAGUUUUGAUUUGAUAAUAGUUUUGAGCAAUUGCAAUAUAAGUGGAAAAUUCGAACCAAAAACUAUGGAACUAAUUGUGACAACAUACCAGGUUAUAUUUCUCACCUCAUGCUUCCUUGUCCUUCUAUUUAAUUCCUCGGAUAGACUGAGUUAUUCUAAGAUAAUGACUCAGUUAAACUUAUCGGAUGAUGAUGUUAUUAGACUGCUGCAUUCCUUGUCAUGUGCAAAGUACAAGAUUCUUAACAAGGAACCGAGCACAAAGACAAUAUCAUCUACUGAUUAUUUUGAAUUCAAUGCAAAAUAUACGGACAAAAUGAGGAGGAUUAAGAUUCCUCUUCCUCCUAUGGAUGAGAAGAAAAAGGUAAUUGAGAAUGUUGACAAGGACAGAAGAUAUGCUAUUGAUGCCUCAAUUGUGCGUAUUAUGAAGAGUCAGAAAGUUCUGAACUACCAACAGUUAGUUAUAGAAUGUGUCGAGCAGUUAGGUCGCAUGUUUAAGCCUGAUGUCAAGGCGAUUAAAAAGUGGAUUGAAGAUUUGAUAUCUCGAGACUACUUGGAAGGAGACAAAGAUAAUGCAAAUUUGUUCAGGUACUUAGCAUAA